AUGGUUCUGGUCAACGGCGCGGAGGGCAUCGGCACCGGGUGGUCGACCUAUGUGCCAAACUUCAACCCCAAGGAGAUCGUGGAGAACCUCAAGCGCCUGCUGCGCGGCGAGGCGCCGGAGCCCAUGGCGCCGUGGUACCGCGGCUUCCGGGGCGACGUGGCAGAGGUGCCCUCUAAAACGGCCGGCAAGAGCUACAACAUCUCGGGCACAGCCAGCCAGUCUGGCGACCACACCAUCGAGAUUACUGAGCUGCCCGUGCGGAAGUGGACGCAGGCGAGUGGCCAGCUCCUGGACUACAAGGAGUUCCUGGAGGCGCUGCUCAAGGGUGACGGCAGCAAGGGGCCCAAGGACGACGACAAGAAGGCAGCCAAGGGCGCGUCUGCCGGUGGGGAGCCUCUGCUGCUGGACUACAAGGAGCACCACACAGACACUACGGUGCACUUUUCGUGUGACGUGGUGCCGGCCAAGAUGCCUGACCUCAUGGCCGCUGGCCUGGAGGCCAAGCUCAAGCUCAGCAGCAAGAUCUCCACGGGCAACAUGAUGCUGUUUGACGCGGAGGGCAAGAUCCGCCGCUACGAGUCGCCGGAGGAGAUCCUCACCGAGUUUUUCGGCAUGAGGCUGCAGUACUACGAGCGCCGCCGCGUCGCGCUGCUGCAGGGCCUCCAGCCAGCGCCCGCCUGGCCCUGCUUUUCGUGCCUUUGCAGCACUGUGCCCUGA